AUGAUUGACGACCAGGACCUGGGUUUCUUUGUCAACAUUCUUCAUUGCUUUAUUUUUGUGCUGGUGGUUGCUUACUAUUGUUUGAUGGCAGAUCUCAAAUAUGAAGACAAUUGA